CCUUAUUAUUGGCACCAACACAAACCCUUUCCUUUCCUUUCUUUUUAUAUUGUUUCCUCUUCCCCUCCCCUCUUCCUCUUCCCCCGCCUCCCCCUUUUUCUACUCAUUUUCCACCCUUUCUUUCGUUGGAUUCUUGUUUAUCCCAUGUCGGGUUUGUAUAAUCCCAACUUCUCUCCAGCAAGAGCUGUCUCUCCACUGAUUAGAAGUAACGCAGAUGUCGACAGUCAAUACUUGACUGAAUUAUUGGAGGAGCAUCAGAAGCUCCAGCCUUUUAUGCAAGUUCUUCCCAUAUGCAGCAGGCUCUUAAAUCAAGAGAUUGUAAGGGUUUCAAGUAUGCUACCAAAUCAAGGGUUUAAUGAGCUUGAUAGACUCCGCCAUAGAAGUCCAAGUCCCAUGGCAUCUUCAAAUCUUAUGUCAAAUGUUCCUGGGAGUAGGAUUAGUGGCUGGAAUGGUCUUCCACCAGAGAGGUUAAGUGGGCCACCUGGAACAACAAUGGACUGGCAAGGAGCUCCAGCAAGUCCAAGUGCAUACACUGUCAAGAGAAUUUUGCGGUUAGAGAUACCAGUUGAUACCUAUCCAAAUUUUAACUUUGUUGGAAGGCUUCUCGGACCCAGAGGCAAUUCGCUAAAACGGGUAGAAGGUACAACGGGUUGUCGCGUUUAUAUAAGAGGAAAAGGUUCAAUCAAGGACCCCGAACAGGAAGAGAAACUAAGAGGAAGACCAGGGUAUGAACAUCUAAACGAGCCACUCCACAUUUUGAUUGAAGCUGAUUUACCAGCAAGUGUUGUUGAUAUCCGGCUCAGACAAGCUCAAGAAAUAAUCGAAGAAUUACUCAAACCUGUGGAUGAAUCCCAAGAUUAUAUAAAAAGACAACAAUUACGGGAGCUAGCAAUGCUCAACUCCAAUUUCCGAGAAGAUAGUCCGGGACCCAGUGGGAGCGUGUCCCCCUUCAACACCAGCAGUGGCAUGAAACGUGCAAAAACCGGUCGCUAAAACACAUGACUUUAAUGAAACGGUGCAAAAACAGUUGAAAUUGAAGCAGAUGAAACCCGUGAGGCGGUUGGUUUUUUUGGAAUCAUCAUCAUCAUCAUCAUCAUAUAUAAUUUGUACACACACACACUACUUGGCCUCCAAGAGUCAUGUUUGCUAUGCUAUGCAUCUUCCUAUAUGUUUCAUGGCUUUUGGAAACACAAAUCCAAAGUAUAGGCUGUCGGGCGAUUUUUUUUUUUUUUUUUGAAAACUUUUUUUUUUUUUUUAAUUUUUUAAAAUU